CAGGCAUCUGUCGCCGGUUUCUCACAGUGGGAAGGGCUGUUUCGCAGGUCACCUACGUGUCUGCCGGUCUGACUCUACCCUUUGAAAACCACAGACCGCGUCUGCGGGGCGCGGGGCGCGGGGCGCGGGAGGGAACUCCCGCCAGUGGGGGCGGGGAGCGGCCCGGCCAGGCUUCCUCGGCUGAAGGGCUCGGCAGGUGCGGGGACUCCGCAGGUGCUGCCAUGGGGAACGUGCCCUCGGCCGUGAAGCACUGUCUCAGCUACCAGCAGCUGGGCCGCGAGCAGCAGUGGACUCGGGACCCCGGGGCAGGGGCGCUGCAGCCCGUGCAGGCAUCCCCAUUGUCUGGACUCCCAGAGUAUGUUAAAAUAGUAGAAGUUGGACCCAGGGAUGGACUGCAGAAUGAAAAGGUCAUAGUUCCUACAGAUGUAAAAAUUGAAUUUAUAAACCGGCUUUCCCAGACUGGACUGUCUGUAAUCGAAGUGACCAGCUUUGUCUCCUCCAGAUGGGUACCACAGGCGGGCACACUGUGUGGGGUCAUGGGGUUGGUAGAGGUGGUGGGGAUGGAACCAAGUGAGCUGUCUGAAAGUCAAGAGCCUUACCUGCUCUACCAUCUUACCAACCACUGUUAUUCCAUGGCCGACGGGCUUCCCUUAGCAGUUUAG